AUGACGACCCUGACGCCCCGCCCGCCCUACUCGGAAGAGGAACUGAGCCGACUGUACCCAUCCCAUCUCCGCCUCGAACAAGUCCAAAUUCUCCUCCGACACGGCGAACGAACUCCCGUUUCCGCUCGUUUUCAAGCUUCGGGCCUUCAUGGCAGUUGGCCGUAUUGUCGAGCAGCGAAUGAGCUAAAGAGUGCCGUGUUCGCAGCAGACGGAGCAUGCGACACUCUUUCCUGGCAACGCCGGCUGGAGACAUUGGGAAAGAAUGACGCUCCACAUCUCGCUGUCGGUCCUGGUGGAGAGGUCGAUGCUAUAUGCCAGCCCGGUGAAUUGACAGAUCGAGGGAGGGAAACCACCCUCUCUUUAGGUCAACGUCUCCGAACCCUCUACAUUCACCAACUCGCCCUCCUCCCACCAUUUCUCUCCCAAUCCACGCAAUCGACUAUCCACCUCCGUGCCACUCCCAUCCAACGUGCCCUUGAAUCCGUUCAACAAACGUAUGUCGGCUUGUAUCCUCCGGCCUCCCGCUCUCCCGCUCUUCCUCCAACACCCAUCAUCCAACGCAGCAUCACCGAUGAGACCCUCUUCCCCAACGAACGAGGUUGUCCUCGAUUUGCAGAACUCGCUCAUGCCUUUGCGAAUCGUGCCGCGGAGAGGUGGAAUGGUAGCGAGGAGAUGAAGAUGUUGAAUAAGAGAUUGGGAAAACACAUGCCUCCUGCAACGCCCGAGGUCAAAGUUGAUGGCCACCCACGAUUGAGCGGAAUCAUGGACAGCAUCAACGCCACUCUCGCUCACGGACCCGCUACGAGACUCCCAUCAGAGUUCUACGAACAGCAAGUCAGAGACACAAUCGAUAAGAUUUGCGUCGAAGAGUGGUUUGGUGGGUAUGAAGAAUCUCUCGAGUACAGGAAGUUGGGCAUUGGAGGGUUGGUAGGAGAUCUUACGCAAAGAAUGGUGGAGCACGUCACUGCAAAGGACGAAGAGGAGAAAUGGAAGAUGAGUCUUAGUGGAUGUCAUGAUACCACCAUCGCUGCUACCCUGACCGCUCUGGGCGGCUUCCGAACCAAGAGCGACAAGUGGCCCAACUUUACCAGUAGCAUUGCUUUCGAGCUCUUCGCUCGCAAGGAGGAUACGGGUGCGACUGCUGGCAAGAAGGGAUGGUUCGCAAAGAAAGGGUCAAGCGAUCCGAGAGCAAAGUGGGAGGAUAUGAGUCAAGAGCAGAGGGAGAGAUUACAAGGCAAGUUUGUGAGAAUCCGGUACAACGACAAGGUGGUCACUUUGCCGGGAUGUAAGGGUGAGGGAAGGCAUUUGGAGGGCGAUGAGAGCUUCUGUACGCUCGAGGCUUUCAAGCAGGUUGCCGAUCGUUUCACCCCCCAGGACUGGCGAGGAGAAUGUAGGACUGGUUUGGGGACGAGUGCGUUUGGCCAGGUGGAGAUGCCCGUUGGGGUUGUCGAGCAGUGA